UCAAUAUUUCCUCUAGCGCAUUCGUCGUGUCCGACGAAAUUCUUUCAAUAUCUAGAUACAACGUCUCAAUAUAGCAAUAUUAAUACGUAUGCUAUUUAUAAAGAAAAACUAUUAAAAAAAAUCCUUCGAGAAAAAUGUUGAAAACGAUCGGGCUCAUUGUUUUGAGCGCGUUUUUCGUUUUUACAAUUGCGGAUGAUUCGACACCGGAAAAUCCAAUAGUAAAUGCACCCAUUGGAAAGAUUCGUGGAUCGAUCUUAACAUCGAGAUUGGGUAGAAAAAUCUAUUCGUUUCGAAGUGUGAGGUAUGCCGAACCUCCAGUCGGUCAACAAAGAUUUCAGGUUGCCAUACCAGCAAAAGAUUGGAAUGAAAUCUACGAUGGUACUGAAGAAGGACCUGCAUGUAGUACCAUAACCGAGACACCUAUAUCCGAGGAUUGUUUACGUUUGAAUGUCUACACUACUAAAUUACCAUCGAAAAAUACAAAAGAUGGAAAUUUCAAAGGACGUCCAGUUCUGGUCUUCUUCCAUCCUGGUGGCUUUUACCUCUUUUCUGGUCAAUAUCGAUUUUUUGGUCCUGAAUAUAUCAUGGAUAAGGACAUCGUUUUAGUGACAUUGAACUAUCGGCUUGGAACUUUAGGUUUCAUAAGUACAGGAGAUUCGCUUGCGCCAGGAAAUUUGGGCUUGAAGGAUCAAGUCGUAGCUCUUCGUUGGAUUCAGAGAAACAUUGCAGCAUUUGGAGGAGACCCUAACUCGGUUACUAUUGGUGGUUACAGUGUCGGAAGUAUUGCUGUGUUAUUACAUAUGUUAUCACCAAUGUCAAAGGGUCUCUUCCACAGAGGAAUUGCAAUGAGUGGUUCUCAUAUAUCAUUAAAACCACUACCGACCGAACAAAAACACAUAGCCAAGAAACAGGCAGAAUUAUUAGGUUGUCCAACAGACACAACAGGAUCCAUGUUGAUCUGUUUAAAAUCUAAACCAAUCGAACGAUUUACUGAAACUAUGCCGCAACUUUUCGAAUGGUAUUGGAAUCCGAUGACAGUAUGGUCAGUGGUCGUAGAGCCAGAUAUACAGGGUGUUGAAAGAUUUUUAACUGCUCAACCUAUCGAUUUGAUCAGAGAAGGCAAGAUCCACGAAGUCCCUCUCAUUAUUGGUACUACCAAAGACGAAUUUGGUGGAUUGGUCACCGCUAUCGAAAGAUUAGUAAAAGCAGGAAAUACUUCGAUAUUCGAUGAUCUAAAUGCAAGGUGGGAUACUGUUGCGCCUAUUAGUUUUAUGUACGAAAGAGAUACACCUCGUUCGAAAUAUAUCAGUCAAGAAUUACGACGAUUCUAUUUCGGAAAUCAACCGAUCAGUCGAGAAUCAUAUGAUGGAAUAGGUCAGAUCAAUAGCGAUAGUAUUGUCGUAUUCCCAGUGCUUCGUGCCGCACGAUUGAUUGCUGAUAAUAGUAAACUUCCAGUCUAUUUCUACAGAUUUUCGUACGACGGACGUUUCAGUUUCUCUACAUGGAACGAUACUACGCCAUACGGAACACCUGUACACCACGAUGAUCUGCAAUACUUAUUUUACAUGAGUGCCGUUUUCCCUUAUUUCAACGCAUCCGAUCCGGAAAUUCAAAUGGUUGAACGUUAUACUGCAAUGUGGGCAAGUUUCGUAGAAACCGGUGAACCCAUUCCAAACAAUGAUAAGAUGUUUAGCAACGUUAAGUGGGAGAGAUUCACAAAGGAGAAUGAUAAAUAUUUAAACAUUGAUUUACAUCCCACUAUGAAGCAGGGUAUCUUUCCCGAAAGAAUGGCUCUAUGGGAACGAUUGUUCCCUUUGCCACCACCGUCUCAUUCCAUCGAUUAUCAGAAAAGUCAAUAAAAUUUUGACUAUGAUAUCAUAAUGCAAUUAACGAAAUGUAUUUCGCAUAUAUAUAUACGUAUAUAUUCUUUUUUAUGAAAUAAAGAGGAAUAGAAUUACUAUACUGUACAUAUAUUCUUUCAUCCUUGAUUGUGCAUCAUGAUAUAUAAAUGACAUAUCUAUAAAGAUAAUAAAAAAGCUAAAUAUGCAACGUCAAUACAACUAUGUGAAGAAAUCUUAAUUUUGUUGCAUCAUGAAUUUAUAAAUAAGAAUUUGCUUAGAUUUUAAUAUUAGUUGAUCGCAAUGUAACAAUUUUUUUUGAAGUCGUGUACAAUAAUAAAUAAAAAUAAAAAAUACGGAGAAGAGAAUAAUAGUAUUAGAAUGACGUAAGGAAUAUUAACUAAUGUAUAAAAAAAGAAAAAAAACAAAUUGUAUUUAUCACAUGAUUGGAAAUAAAAAAAUAUCUAUUUUUUUCCUACUA